CAUUUCCCUCGCAAACCCCAUUUUCGUUUCUUUUUCCAACGGUGUGUGAGUUGGGGGGGCGGGGCGAUCCAUCGCUCUCGCGGGGCGAUAAUGAGCCUUUCGCCCCGGUGGGGAGCGCGGGUCGAAAGAGAGGGGUCGUCAUCUUCGACAUCACGCCGCACAAGAUCGCUCUAUGCCUCCUCAUCCAGAUCUUUGCCCCUUCCUCUCACCACGCCGUCCCCUUCCCCUUCCAAUCCGUCACCAUCAACAAUCGCCUCGGCCUCCUCCUCUUCUCCCUCACCAAGUUUGCAGUCAUGUGAGGAUUUUCUGGAACCUCCUCUGGAAGAACUUAUCAAUCAAUUGAAUACUGUUGGUGGCUUAGUUAAUAAUUGGCUUGGUGAGCACUUGACAAGCAGCCUUUCAGCGCUAUGCUCACCAGAUGAUCUGUUCAACUUCUUCGAUAAAUUGCGAAGUGUGAUUGCUGCCCCUGAAGGGUCAAAUGUGGAGGAUGAUCAAAUUUUUCUGGAUCAGGACAGUCACCUGGGAGUUUUCCUGCGCUGUUGUAUACUAGCCUUUAAUAUGUUAACUUUUGAGGGUGUCUGCCAUCUUUUGACUAAUCUUGCGGCGUAUUGUAACUCAACUGAUUCGGCGUACGAGUUAGCUGAAGGUGAUGAUUUUGGUAACGAGACAGAGAUGCUUGACUCACUAGACACAGAUAUGGAUCUUAGAACUGCUGUUUUUGGCAAGUGCACGCAUGAAUUUCAAUCUGAAGCACAUCCUGGAGAAAGUUCUUCAUUAACUUUUCCUGCACAAAAUCUCCUUUAUGGUUCUGCUGAAGAUAAUUAUUUAAGAGAAGAGGAUAAUAUAGGCGUAUUACGAUCAAAGUGGCAAGUAGAAGGAUACCUCAAUAUGCAAGCUGAUUAUCUUGAGAAGGAUGCCAGUUCAUUUCCUUUGAAUUCAUUUAAUGCUGUUCUAACGCAGCUUCAAAAGUUAGCUCCAGAGUUUCACCGUGCUCGAUACUUGCAGUACCUGAAUGCUCUUCACCAUGAUGAUUAUGUUGCUGCACUGGACAACCUUCAUGGCUAUUUUGACUGCAGUGCAGGGAUGGAGGGGCUUUUUACUCGUUCAUCUUCUCCUCGCUCUGAUAUUCUUGUUGGAAGAUAUGAGACUGCUUUACUAUGCUUAGGCACCAUGCACUCUCAUUUUGGGCACUCUAAGAAAGCCUUAGAGGCUCUAACUGAGGCAGUACGUGUUUCUCAACAGAACAAUGAUGAUUCGUGCCUUGCCUUUACACUAGCUGCUAUUUGCAAUCUAUUAUCUGAGAUUGGCAUUUCAAGCAGAAUUGAGAUAAUUGGUUCUCCUUUUUCUCUUGGGACUAGUACUGGUCUCGGUACACCAUUGUCCACCCAGCAGCAAUUACUAGUUCUUUUGAAACGGUCACUCAAGAGGGCUGAUAGCCAGAAACUAACAAGUCUAUUGGCCUUUAACCAUCUUGCUCUUGCAAAAUUUGAUCUAAAGCACGUUAAAAGACCAUUGCUGUCUUUUGGUCCGAAAGCUUCCACAAAGCUUAGAACAUGCCCCAUUGAAGUUUGCAAGGAGCUACGGCUUAGUUCUCAUGUGCUGACUGAAUUUGGAUCAGAUGGCUUAUCAUUGUUAAGUGAUAAUGGUGUUUUUAGCACCUCAUGGACUAAGAAUCUUGCAGCUGUUAAUAAUUUGUGGCUUGCAGACGCAAUAAAGUCAAAAUGUUCAUCCGUAAAUGAUUUUGACAUAUUCCAGUUUCUUGCACAGCCAAGUCCUGUACCUAGGUCUGUUCUACAAUUAGCUGGUUCAUCGUAUUUGUUAAGAGCUACUGCUUGGGAACAUUAUGGAAGUGCCCCACUGGUUCGAAUGAAUGCGUUGGUUUAUGCAACCUGCUUUGCCGAUGCUGCAAGUUCAUCAGAGUUGUCACUAGCGUAUAUGAAACUAAUUCAACAAUUGGCAUGUUUCAAAGGAUAUUCAGAAGCAUUUGGUGCUCUCAAGCUUGCCGAAGAAAAGUUCCCAUCUGUAUCAAAAUCACGCAUCCAGCUACUUAAGCUACAGUUGCUUCAUGAGCGUUCGUUACAUCGAGGACAUCUGAAAUUUGCUCAACAAGUUUGCGAUGAGUUUGGUGUUUUGGCAUCAUGUGUUAGUGGGGUAGAUAUGGAGCUGAAAACAGAGGCUAGUCUUCGCCAUGCUCGAACUCUACUAGCCUCUAACCAGUUUAGCCAGGCAGCAGCUGUGGCUAAUUCUCUUUUCUGCACAUGCUACAAGUACAACAUGCAGGUUGAGAAUGCUACUGUUCUUCUAUUACUUGCUGAAAUACACAAGAAAUCAGGCAAUACUGUUCUUGGGCUGCCUUAUGCCUUAGCAAGUCUGUCAUUCUGCAAAUCGUUCAACUUCAAUCUACUCGAAGCUUCUGCUACCCUGACACUUGCUGAAUUAUGGUUAUCUCUUGGACCGAGCCAUGCAAGGAGAGCCUUGAGUCUUGUGCAUCGAACUCUUCCAAUGAUUCUUGGUCAUGGUGGACUAGAGCUGCGUGCUAGAGCCAAUAUUGCUGUAGCAAAGUGCCAUUUAUCAGAUCCAAUGUUUUCAAUUUUUAAAGAUCCCUCUAUUGUGCUGGAUCCUCUAAGUCAAGCAGCUGAAGAACUGCAAAUCUUAGAGUAUCACGAAAUGGCGGCAGAAGCAUUCUAUUUAAUGGCUAUGGUGUACAGUAAAAUUGGAAUGCUAGGCAAAAGAGAGGAAGCUGCAGCAUCUUUCAAGAAGCAUGUUUGUGCUCUUGAAAACCCAAGGGAUGAAGAAGACUCACUUGCGUACAUGUUUUGAGAAGACCAUGCAUUAUUUAUGUUCCAUAUAUUAUUUUAUUUGGUGCAUAUUAAUUCUGUGCUCUUAAAUGGCCUAGAAAUCAGCAAUAGCCAUUAACCCUAGAGGUUGCAGCAAGUGAGAUGCAAUUGGUAUGGUUCCACUGCACUUUCAUGUGUGACAGCAUUUCCUCGCUGCGCCUCAGCUGAUGGUGGCACCGGAGUGCUGUAGACUUGCGAGCGCACUUCGGCGUACAUCUCCUCCCUUCCCUUCGCCUUACCGAGGAAGUAGCACCCGAAGCCAAGCAAGAUGGCUAAGAGAAUAAGAGGAAGAGAGAAAACAACAACAAAUCCCAUCACCUUUUGUUCUCUACGUAUGAGAAACAAUUGUUUUAGUUGAACAAGGAAAGAUCUCUAGAACCAGCUGCGAGGAGAAGUGGAGGUUUCAAAGGUAGUUUUCAUAUUAACACGCAAACAUGCAUAUAAACAGACGAAAUACAGAAGGAACCUUCGUUAGAACGGUCCAGAAGGAUGUUGUCCAGGUCGACUCUCUUAGGCCUGCAUGGCUCUGAUUGACCGUGCGGCUUUACUGAACUUGUUGCCACCUGGCAUGCUCCUCCAUGUUGACUUACCUUUUUAGUAACAGUUCAAUUUGGAUU